AAAUUGGCCCUGCCUCUGUGAUGGUGGGGAACUUGGUCUCUGGAAAAAGAAUCGCACAGGCCAGUGGUAGAGACUUGGGGCAGAUAGAAGAUAACGAUCAAGCCAGAAAGUUCCUCUUUCUCUCAGAAGUUUUACAGUGGAGAGCGCAGACCACUCCUGACCAUGUACUUUACACUCUACUCAACUGCAGGGGAACAAUAGCCAACUCACUAACGUGUGUCCAGCUGCAUAAACGGGCCGAGAAGAUCGCUGUCAUGUUGAUGGAAAGGGGGCAUUUACAAGACGGAGACCACGUGGCUUUGGUUUACCCACCAGGAAUAGACCUGAUUGCGGCAUUCUAUGGUUGCCUGUAUGCGGGCUGUGUGCCAAUAACAGUUCGACCUCCGCAUCCCCAGAACAUAGCGACGACGUUGCCUACAGUGAAGAUGAUUGUGGAGGUGAGUCGCUCUGCCUGCUUAAUGACUACACAAUUAAUAUGUAAAUUGUUACGGUCGCGAGAGGCGGCAGCAGCAGUUGAUGUCAGAACGUGGCCUCCAGUUCUAGAUACAGACGAUUUGCCAAAGAAGCGGCCUGCACAGAUCUACAAACCUUCUAACCCUGAGACGCUUGCUUACCUUGACUUCAGUGUCUCCACAACUGGAAUGCUAGCAGGGGUAAAGAUGUCUCACGCAGCCACUAGUGCCUUUUGCCGUUCUAUUAAGCUGCAGUGCGAGCUCUAUCCCUCCCGAGAAGUUGCUAUCUGCUUGGACCCCUACUGCGGCCUCGGCUUUGUCCUCUGGUGCCUCUGCAGCGUUUAUUCAGGACACCAGUCUAUUUUGAUUCCUCCCUCAGAACUGGAGACCAAUCCUGCUCUGUGGCUCCUGGCCGUGAGUCAGUACAAAGUGAGAGACACUUUUUGCUCCUACUCGGUCAUGGAGCUUUGUACUAAGGGCCUCGGUUCGCAAACGGAGUCGCUGAAGGCAAGGGGACUGGACCUUUCACGUGUACGGACAUGUGUAGUAGUGGCUGAAGAACGACCCCGAAUAGCUCUUACUCAGUCAUUUUCAAAGUUAUUUAAAGACCUUGGGCUCCAUCCACGGGCUGUCAGCACAUCACUCGGCUGUAGAGUUAACCUGGCUAUAUGCUUGCAGGGAACGUCUGGACCGGACCCAACCACAGUGUAUGUUGAUAUGAGGGCGCUGAGGCACGACAGAGUUCGUUUAGUAGAAAGAGGAUCUCCACAUAGUUUGCCCCUAAUGGAGUCAGGAAAAAUCCUCCCAGGAGUACGUAUCAUUAUUGCUAAUCCAGAAACCAAGGGACCCUUAGGAGAUUCUCACCUUGGUGAGAUAUGGGUUCACAGCACUCACAACGCCAGUGGGUAUUUUACCAUAUAUGGAGAUGAAUCUUUGCAAUCGGAUCAUUUUAAUUCAAGACUCAGCUUUGGAGACACACAGACUAUUUGGGCUCGAACUGGCUAUCUGGGCUUCCUGAGGAGAACAGAACUUACAGAUGCAAAUGGAGAACGCCAUGAUGCACUUUAUGUUGUGGGUGCAUUAGACGAAGCCAUGGAGUUACGAGGGAUGAGAUAUCAUCCAAUCGAUAUUGAGACCUCUGUAAUUAGAGCACACAAGAGCAUCACAGAAUGUGCGGUGUUUACCUGGACAAAUCUCUUGGUUGUUGUAGUUGAGCUGGAUGGAUCGGAGCAAGAAGCCUUGGACCUGGUUCCGUUGGUCACCAAUGUGGUCCUUGAGGAACAUUAUCUGAUUGUAGGGGUGGUGGUGGUUGUGGACAUUGGUGUAAUUCCUAUCAACUCCCGUGGAGAGAAACAACGUAUGCACCUACGAGACGGAUUUUUGGCAGACCAGCUAGAUCCCAUCUAUGUGGCCUACAACAUGUAGUCUUGUACCUUAAAGCUUCCAUGGACUUUACUAUAGAUGUAUAAAUUUUUUUGGUGUCCACUAAAAAAAGUGCAGAUAAGAUGCUGACUUUCAUCAAAAUGGAACUGUUUCUAUUAUGAAUUUUCAAAGCAGUCACGAUUGGCAGGAAAUAAAAUGUGAAGUGUUUUAUUUUACCACUAAAUUUUAGAACAGAAGGACUAUGGUGUAAGGCCCUUCAGUUUGUUGGAAAAGCCCAUUUUAAACUUUUUUUUUAUUUUUUGCUUAUUGGACAUUACUGCUUUCUGAGUAAAUGUGGCUUUGUAUUUUAUGUUAAGUAAGUAAGCUGAAGUAGAUUUUUUUUUAUUCUGCCCUCCAAAUGGAUUCCUUUUAAACAAUUUGCAUACUAAUACAAAGACUUGUUUUGUUCAUUUGUUUUAAUAUGUCAUAAAAAAAGCUGAUGAAUGCAGAUCCGUUACUAAUUUAAGCCAUUUUAGAUUCCCACCUGUUAGGAACCUGCGUAGUGGUACGAGGAGAAUACCCAAAGUAGCACCUUCCAAUUAGAACUCUAGCAGCUUUCUGUCGGAGAUGCUGAAAGCACAAAGGCCAAAGAGCCUUUGCAGUUGGCGUUAAAAUGGAAGAAAUUUAUAAAUAAGGUGUAUUUCGGCAAUGAACUUGCAAAUAUCUUUGUACUAAACUAAAAAGAUAAAAUAAGUUAACUACUUCUUCUGUAAUUAUGUACAAAACGUUUAAUUUAUUUUGAUCUCUUUAGAAGUAUAAAAGAGAAAAAGCAUUCAAGAAUAUUAAACUCUUGAAAUGUUUGCUAAUAUAAAAACAAAGUGUUGUAUUAUCUUGAGUGGAUAGUAUCACAUCAAAUAUAUAUAUAUGAAAUAUAAAUUCACUAAUGACAAAAGAUUUUAAAGUUUAAAAUGCAGUACUUGUCACUUGCAUGGUGUCUCCCACUGUAGAUAAUCAAAUGUUACUCACAAAUUUUUUGAAAAGAAAGAAAAAGCAAUCCUGGAUUGCAAAGUAUCCCUGUCUAAAAGAAUCCUCUAGAUACCAGCAAGUGGAAUUAUUGCUGCCUUUAAGGCAGUUGAUGAAUUUAAAACUAAAAAAAAAAUGCACUAAAGUAAUUUUUUUUUCUUUUGCCAUGGAGGCAACAAUAAAUAUUCGUGCUGGCAUGUGCAUACACUUGUUAGACUUAGAAAAGGCAGGUUGAGGAAUAGCACUGUUGUCUAGCUGCAGAACUUUGUUGCACAAUUUUUCAUUGUUUUAGUUGGUGUUUUUAUUGCUAUAAGGAAGAGUUUGGGGGUUAUUUGCACAGAGUUAUCCGUUUGCCUCUCAGCUAGAGCACGUAGCUUGGUGGCCAGUGCAUCCAGUUUACAUUUACAGGGAACGAUCGUUCCGAAGGUCUUUAAUUUAUUCCUUACCAGGGAGGAGCGAGCAGUCACUACACCGGAGUUGGCACAAACUGAGCAUCUGCUAACUAGUCCCUAAACCAAUUAAUAAAAAAAAACAGAGGAACUGAACGGCCUGUUUUAAAGAACGGAGUCCCGUGGUCUCCCAUCCAAGGUCACCAGUGGGAGAAGAGUAGGAAAACAUGCAUCACAGCUGCCUUCAUUUUACUACCUUUGGAUAAAGAGGGGUUUGAUUUCCCAGUUCUGUCGUCUUCCCUGCAGCCCUUUCUCUUUUAACCUUUCUGGUUCCUUCAUGUGGUUUUAACCGAAUUGACCGAUUUGUGAGCAAGAGUGGGAUUUACCAGCUGCAGUCCAAGAAUGCUUUUCUUCGUGUCCAAAAUACCUUCCUGUGCUGGCUCUCAUACGGGGUAUGCAUGACUAAGAUCGUGGCAGGGCAAGUGUAAUCAUGUUCUUUGCACGUCCAAGGGACGUAUCUUGUCUGUACAACAAAUGGACCCCUGCUAAUGAUAGUUUUGUUUGGCUUCUGAGUCUCAAUGCUGGUUGUUUGAAAUCUUUUUAAGAGGUAGGGACAUUUUAGUCUGCAUGUACAGUACAGAGCAUCUUACCACAUCAGCCUUGUUUUAUUUCAGACCAUCCUUUCCAGCUCCACUGUCCUGUGAAUAUCCCUGUUCAUGCUCUGAAGACCAACCCUAUAGUUUAUCAUCGGAUUCAUUUUCUGCUCCCUAAAAAGAGUAAAAUCUGUUCUUAAUAGUGAAUUGUUGCAAGGUUUCAGACAAGAUGUUGAUUGAUUACAAACAUAAUUGCAGUGUGUGAACUAACUUGUGAAGUCCUGCUAUCGCUGAUCUCAGUACCAAAUUCAGCUGUCAUUUAAGGCAUCACUUUAACCUUCACGAAGUCAACUUUGCAUUUGUAGAGAAAAUCAGACCUGCAAUGCAGUUGUGAAACGCAGUUAGUAACAGCUCUCUUCUGCAACCUGUCAUCCGUGGUUGUUAAAUUCUGAGUUAAGAGAAAUGAUAAACUGAGUUUCUGGUUUUGUUGUGCAAGCAAAAGGAAAGAAACAUUUAAGCACCAUCAGACUGAGCAAUAAAGAAGGAUUGUUCUGUAUUAGAAAUCGUACUGUAGAUAAACCAUUCAUGAGAAUGUAUAAAAUGUUUGUCUUGUGACCUUGUGCUUUUGAAGUCAGACAAAACCAUGUAAUCAACUCGAUGCACAUGCACAAAAAAGAGGGUACACAAUGAACAUUUAAACACAAAACUAAUCAAACAGGAGCAGAUUCCUCAUGGUGCUUGUUUAUUAUAUAUAUUUAAUCCUGCUUGACACUUUACCCGAGGGAAGACUGUCCCUUUUAUCAGUUGAAUGUUAGCAGCGUUAUUUCAUAGAGUGUGGUGACUGGUUAGAGAAAUUCAUGUAACUCAGCCAAUCACAGUUUCAAACAAAAAUUUUUAUGUGCAAAGGACAGCAACCUUCUUGUAUGUUAAACCACCAGUACGCUUUGUACAUCUGUGAUAACGCCUGUUUUAUAUUCAAAUGAACAAAUAAAAGCUUUUAUUUUUGUUGCUCUGAAAAUAUUGGUUUCUUAAUUAGUCAUCUGAAAAUGAGCUUCCGAGAGCUGCAUGAGCUCUGUGGAGGAACGCUGACAGCUAUACUGUAAUUUUAUUUUGUUUACCUCUCUUGUUGCAUAAUUUAUUAGUACGAAUCAUGAUACUUUUAACAAUGUUUAAAUACUGGUGUGGGCAUUUAUUGCUGAAAGACUUUCAUAUGGCAACAAAUGUUUUUUGUGAAAUGUUUUUUUAAUUCUUUUUAAUAUAUUCAAAUAUACUGUUCACAUUUUUGCUGAAAGUGUAAAGAUUAUUGUAAGCUUGGUAACAUUUUGUGAGAAGCAAUAACAAGCAUUAGUACUGUAAAACUCC